AUGCCUUUUCUAAAUCAAACACGGGACGUUGAGGUUAGCCUUGUCUCUGGAGAUGAAGGUAGUACGCAAAUGACAUCUCUCGUCAGAGAGGUACUAGGCUUCAUCCAAAAAGCUAGACCAGGCAUCGCAUUCCACAUUUUGGAUUCCCAGGAGCUUCAAGACUCAGGUGCCACAAUUAUUUGCAGAGCCAGUAAUCCUUUGCCUGAAAAGGAGCUGCCCAAAGACCUCGGUGGUUUUGCCAAGGUCCAGCCGUUAUUCUUUCCUAGCUCUGGACUUGUUCCAGAAGGGUUGUCGAACAAGAGUGCUGUUCAGGGGCUUGACAUUAUCUUCGUUGGCGAUGCCACGCAUACAAAGACUGGGAGUGAGUCCCCUCGUGAGGUCAUCGAAGAACUGGCAUUCUGGGCAGGGACAUACGCCAUGCGGUCUCACCCACCCAGGUCUGUCCAUUGUGUUCCAUGUUCAACGCCACUCUGGAAGUCCGUGGUCAUUGAAUUAUUCAAAAAACACUUUCCACGCGUGCCGCUCCACCAUAUAUCGGUCGAUACAGCAGCAGGAGUCCUGUCAUCGAAGCCGACUAAUUUGAAUGGUAUCGUUCUGACCACUGGGCCAGAUGGAGAAUUUCUUUCCAACAAGGCUCGCAUCGGCAUGGGGUUAGAUGACUUCCUGGCAUCGGCUUACGUCUCAAUCUCGUCAAACAAUGGCCCCAGGAAGAUUGGAGUUUUUAAACCUGGGAAUACGAGUACACCAUGCGAGACUGUGGAUCCAAUUUCAAUCUUACCAGUCGUAAGUCUGAUGCUCGACUUAUCUUUCGGUCUAAGUGCAGAAGCUGCAGCAGUGACCAGAGCAAUCCGCCGAACAUUGGACCCGAUCGAGCUUGUUGGCUCUAACAUUCGGACUCCUUGUACCGGCGGAGCAGCCGCCCCGGCCGAAUUUAUGAACAAGUUCAUGGAGCAUCUGGAUUCCUACCUCGAAGCUACUAGCUCUGAAGCCGAAACGCGGGCCUUGCUCAAGGAGCCAAGCGUAGCUCCUACGGGCCAACGGCGUCCAAUGGGCGUGAUCGAAAAGAUAAUGACCCACGCUGCGGUUGGCUUGACCAGACCAGAAGUGCAGACCGGGGAGAUCAUAUGCGUAAAGGUUGACUGGACCUUAACCUCCGAAAUUCUCUGGGCGGGAAUGGAGAAAACAUAUGAAAAAAUGGGCCGACCCCGUCUGCAUCGCAAUGAUCGCAUGUGGCUGGCAAUUGAUCACACUGUUGAUCCACGCACAAACCAUCAGCCCCGACAGCGAGGGCUUAUUGAAAAGGCUGAAAGCUUCCAGCGUGAGGCAAAGCUCGUCAACUUCCUCCCAGCUAACACAAGCAUCCUUCAUACCGAUUUUACGCGUGACCGAGCAUUGCCUGGACAGAUCAUUGUCGGAUGUGACUCUCACUCCUGCUCUGCCGGUUGUGUUGGAGGUUUAGCUAUUGGGCUUGGAGCUGCGGAUGUUGUCAUGCCGAUGGUUACAGGCGAGACGUGGUUCCGGGUGCCUGAGAUCUGCCGAAUCAACUUCGUUGGUAAGUUGCCGUUUGGAGUGGGUGGAAAGGAUGUAAUUCUUCAUAUCCUCGGGCUUUUCAAGCGAAACACAAUUGCCUUCCAACGUGCGGUGGAAUACGGUGGCCCGGGGUUGAUAGAACUGUCCAUGGAUGCCAGGUUCGCCAUUGCAAAUAUGACGACCGAAUUUGGUGGUAUGGGUGCGUGCUUCGAGGCUGAUGAGAGCACUGCGGAAUGGAUCUCUCGAAGGCCGCAUUCGGAGCAUCAAGGAGGUCUUUACUUCAGAGCCGACGGAGGUGCAGAGUAUGCCGAAGUACGCACUGUCAAUCUCUCCGAGGUUGAACUGACCAUCGCCAUGUAUCCCGACCCGGAUAAUGUUGUCCCCGUGACAGAGAAGGUUGGCACAAAGUUGGAUGGGUGCUUUAUCGGAGCUUGCACCACUACCGAGGAAGAUUUGAUUGUCGGAGCUUUAGUGCUCGAUGCCGGUUUGCGCGCCGGCUUGACUCCUUGCGAAGGACACAGAAGGGUCACCCCUGGAAGCCUCAGCAUCAUCAAGCAUCUCGAACGACACGGUAUCCUGGACAUCUAUCGGCAGGCAGGGUUUGAGAUUGGAGCGCCCGGCUGUUCAUACUGCGUUGGAAUCAACGAUGUUGACGUCGCUGGCGAAGGCGAAGUUUGGCUUUCCUCUCAGAAUCGCAAUUUCAGAAACCGAAUGGGCAAAGGAGCUAUCGGGAGUAUUACUUGCGCUGCAGUGGUUGCGGCCUCGAGCUUUGACAUGGUAGUCACCGAUGCUCGGCCACUGCUGGAUCAAAUUGAUAGGGGGAGAUUGAACAAGAUGCUGGGUAGUGAGAAGGUCUCCUUGAGAAUUGUGCCUGAAAUCAGCGAACCUAAUCCGUCUCUUGCAUCAAAUACCAUUACGGAUGUUUCUGGUAGUCGCACUCCCGCUGAGACUGCUGCUUCAAUGGGAGAUACAGCGAAGUCCUCCACCGAUGAUGUUAUUCGGUCGAAAGUUCAGCGUUUCGGUGAAAAUGUCGAUACUGACGCUAUUAUUCCCGCUGAAUUUGUACCGGGCGUCGAUAAUGCCGAACUGGGCAGUCACUGCUUUGAAUACGACCGGCCCAUUUUCCGACGAAAAGCAGCUGAUGGGUCGAGAAUCAUUGUUGCAGAUCGUGGAUUCGGCAGUGGCUCGUCGCGUGAAGAUGCCGUCAGAGCCUUGCAGGGGGCAGGUAUUAUGGCAGUUAUCGCGCCCACUUUUGCCUUUAUCUAUGAUCGAAACCAGCUAAACAUGGGCCUAUUCAACGUCACCUUACCGGAUCCCGAGUUCUACUCCCUCGCGAACGAAGAUUCGGUGGUCAUCAUUGAUCGACAGGCCAAGACCAUCCAGGUUGAGGGAGCGGAUCAGGUUUUCCAUUAUCAACAGUCCGAAAUGGAGAAAACUCUUCUUGAGGCUGGAGGUGUGCUUCCAUUGUAUAACCGAUUUGGGCGCUCGGUGUUCAGGGAGAUUUCCAACACAAAUGCAAAGCGGACCAUGAAUGGCCCAACUCGUAUGAAUAACAAGGUAUUUGGGGGAGAUUUGGACUGGUAA